CUGGCCUCGCGUCUCUCCCGCAGCCGCAUGCCCGAGGCCCUGUCGUGUCACGCGCCCGUAGGGUGGCCAGGGUCCGCAAGUAAACUCGCAGGUUGCCCCGCUAAGUACGAAGUCCGUGUGAACAGUAUGUGUGCAUACAUACGUAUUUUCGGAGCGGGCAUAAGUACAUCCCAGAGAUGGCGUGGGCCACAUUUAUGCCGACAAUUGUCUGCUCACCUGGAGCUGGAAUUCAGCGGGGCGUCCUGUAUGUUGUCUGGCGACCCCCACUCUAUGGGGGAGCUCGCCCUUCAGUGGGGCCGAGUCCUGGAAACCGUAUUUGAAACCUGGAUGUGGGCGCCUCCAAGACUCCGGCACCGGCUGUUCCUUCUGCUUUGGGCUCCCUACCCUGCUCGUCCUGCCUUAGGCCCGGCCGUGGGUCACCGCCUCUGAGGAGCCCUCCUGCCACAGUCAGGGCACAGGGCCCCUGAGGGGCUGUGCCCAGGGACAGUGCCAGGCCCCACGUGGGUAUUCUCGCUUUCUGCCCCAGAGAGCCGUGCUGGACAGUGAUGGAUCCCAUGUCCCAGAGGGGGAAGCUGGGGUCGGGGUUAGGACAGGGGUGGGACGCACCCAGGGCUGUGGUAAGGCCUCUCCUUCUGGUUGUCACCUGUAGAGCCUGACUCAGCUACCUGAAUAAGCACCCUUUUCUUACUCCCUGCUGAGCUAACUUCUCCUGGGACCCCAGACCCACAGCCCCCGCUGCUGCAGGAGUCCCAGAGCACCCAGUGAGAGGACUGGCUCUUGAGGGUCUCCUUGGUCCCCCAGACCCUCCAGGGGACCCACGCAUGGCACACGGCCCAUGGAGCCCUUUCUGGCCCUGUCGGUGCGUGUGGCAGAGGCUACAAUCACCAGUGUAAACAGUCCUGGGGAGGCGGCCCCUGCACUGGAGCACAGGCACUUCUAGGCCAUAGCGGUGGGCAGAGACAGGUGCACAGGGCCCGCAAAGAGCACAGUGAGGAUGUCGCGCAGUUGGGUGCCCAGAGCUGGCAGUGGAUACGAGGCUCUGAGGACAAAAAGAGGAAGAGGCUGGCCUGGCUGCGCUUAGGCCCCUGGGGUGUUCAAGCAUGUCUUGAGGCGUUGGCGCUGUCCAGGAAGGGGCCGCUGCUCCUUGUCUAGGGGGGCUGCCCUCUGCCACACUUGUUUCCGGUCUGUGGGCUCAGGACCCCCGUCCUGCGGGGCCCGGGGGCAGAGUCAGUGAGCUGUUGGCCACCUGGCCGCUGGGUUCGGUCCCAGCUCUGCCCCCUCCCUGACCCAGCCACGUGGCCCUGGGCAAGCCCCUUGGCUUAAGGAAAGGGGACAGUCCUGCAGUCUCCUUCCUGGGUCGUGGAGAGGAGUCAGGGAACCCAUUCGUGGAAGCUCGAGGACGUGCCGGGGUUCCAGCACCAUCGUGAGGUACUGGUCCUGGUUGGGGGGUCUGCUGCCCUACCGACCACCAGGUGUCCUUCCUCCUCCCCUCAGCAGCAGCAGCUUUUCUGAGAUACGUGUCACACGCCUUGCGGUUUGUCCACUUAGAGCGUACAUUUUAGCCUUUUUCAGUAUAUUUACAAUGUCGUGCAACCAUCACCUCUGUCUCGUUCCAGAACAUUCCAUCAUCUCAGAAAGCAGCCCCGUCCCCAUUAGCAUCAUCUCCCUCCCCCUCCCCAGCCCAUGCCAACCAGGAGCCCCCUCCCUGUGUCUGGGGACUGGCCUGUUCUGGAUGCCUCACAUCCAUGGACUCACACACUGUGUGUCCUUCAGUGUCUGCUUCUCUCCCUGGGCGUCGUGCUCUCAGGGUCCGUCCAGGGUGUCAGGGCUGCUCUCCUGGUCACGGCUGAGCGAUGCUCCUGUGUGUGGGGAGACAUUUUGUUUAUCCGUCCAUCUUUUGGCAGGGGUUGUUGCUGCAUUUUGACUGCUGUGAAGUGUGUGGCUCUGAACAUUUGUGUGCAGGUUUCUGCAUGGACGUGUGUUUUAAGUUCUUCAGGGUCCACAUCUAGGAGUGGAAUGGCGUUGCAGGGUCAGAUGGUGACCCCUGUGGUUUUUAUUUUUCCUCUCUAGGAGUCAGCAGUCCGGCCAGCAGUGUCCCCAUGGCAGCCUCCUUUAUUUACCGCGUGUUUUUUUUUAAGCAGACAGAGGUUGUGCCCUCGGAGGGACAAACAGGACUGUGUCUGUCUUGUCCCGGAGACACUGGGAGCUUUUGUGGCCUGGGACAGGCAGUGGGGCCAGGGCGUCCCAGGCGUGGUGUGUGCCGGGCGCGCGGAUUUGGAAUCUGAGGUCCUGCCUGGCACGGCCGUGCUGGGUGUACCAGGGCCGCUCCAUGCCUGCCACUUCUCAGAGCUGCCGGCGGCCCCCUGUUCUGAGUGUCUGCCACGCUUGUAUUGUGGGCUCAGGACACGUUAUGGUGGGUGGGGACCGCACACGCCCUCUGAGGGUGGCGGGUUGCGGAUUGAGCCGGGGAGCAUCACAGCAGUAAAAGCCCCAGUGGUGAAGUGGUUUCAGCACUUCCCUGUCCGUGGGCAAGUGCUGGGAGCGGCUGGCCCACCUGAGACGCUGCCGGGGCGGUGCAGCCUGGGCGGGCGGUGCUUCUCUGGGGUCCCUCAAGGAGGUUCGUUUCUAACACCGCCCUAGGCAGUCCUGCCCAGUAGCAGUGUCACGCGAGACACGUAUAUGACGUCGAGUUUUUAGAAACCGCUUUUUUGAAAAGUACAAAGAAACAGGUGACGUUAACUCUAACGAUACAUUUAUUUACCCCGAAACACGUGAAGUAUCCCCGCCUCCUCAUGUAGUCCGCACAGUCGUCCAUCGGUAUCUGUGGGGGAUUGGUUCCAGGACCCCUGAGGAUAACGGAAUCCGUGGGUGUCAGGUGGCCAAAUACAGCUGGUCGUCGGUAUCUGGAUUUUUCGUGGGUGCGGAGGGCUAACUGUACAAACAAAACCCACCAAGACCGUUCACGUCCUUUUGUCAUAAGUCUCUGGAAUCUAGUGUGCGUCUCCACUCACAGCACGUCUCAAAGGAAAAAAGGGAGAAACACCGGAACUGGGGUGGUUCAAACUGCGUGCAAACCAGGAGUCAGCAGGACCUGAGUGAGAGCGUGACCACUGCUGCGGUUCACGGGGGCCGAGCUCUCCGCUGAGCCUCCAGACCCUGCAGGCUCCUGGGACCCGCUCUCCAGCCUAGCCAGGCCUCCACGCUGACGGAUGAUGCUCUGCUCCGGUCUCUGUCUCCCACAGUCGAGCCACGCCAGGAUGGACCCCGCCCUGGGCAUCGCAGAGCCGCAUGUGGACGAGAAGGCAGGGAGUCCUGAGCGAGAGCCCGCGCCAUGGCAAGCCCUCCCGGUCCUGUCCGAGCAGCAAUCUGGGGAUGUGGAGCUGGUGCUGGCGUAUGCCGCGCCCAUCCUGGACAAACGCCAGACCUCGCGCCUCCUCAAGGAGGUGUCAGCCGUCCACCCACUACCUGCACAGCCUCACCUCAAAAGGGUGCGGCCCAGCCAGGACCCCAGCUGCCCACAUGCACUGGAGAUGCUGCUGUGCCUGGCGGGGCCAGCUGCGGGCACACGAUCGCUGGCUGAGCUCCUCCCGGAGCCGGCCGUGGACCCCCGUGGCCUGGGACAGCCCUUCCUGGUGCCUGUGCCUGCCCGGCCGCCCCUGACCAGGGGCCAGUUCGAGGAGGCACGCGCCCACUGCCCCUACGUGUGCACCGGCUACGACCUGUACAUCACCCGCGAGCCCUGCGCCAUGUGCGCCAUGGCCCUGGUGCACUCCCGCGUGCGACGUGUCUUCUAUGGGGCGCCCUCGCCCGACGGCGCGCUGGGCACCCGCUUCCGCAUGCACGCCCGGUCAGACCUCAACCACCGCUUCCAGGCCUUCCGCGGGGUGCUGGAGGCCCAGUGCCGCCAGCUGGACCCUGACCCGUAGGCGCCUGGCCCUGAAGUUCCUCUGCUCCCUGCUGGCCCAGGCAUCCCACAUGGUCACGAGGGGACUGCCGUCCCUUCUCGAUUUUAGAGACACGCGUGUCUCCUGGCCCCGGAGCCCCCACCACACUGUUCUGCCAGCGCAUGGGGGCGUCCCUGCCUGGAUGGGCUCCCCCGCCACUGGCCCAAGUGCAGCGGGGGUUCAGCCGGCGAAGCCCCGGGUCCUCGGGACUGUGUCCCCUUUUGUCAGGUGUCAGAAGACAGUUCUGAUGUGUGACAAUAAACAACUUAAAACCA